GGGCAAGCUGUGGAGCGCUAGUGGGAAGGAAUUGUCAGGCUUCCUUAUUUGGUCAAAGCUCCGCCCACCGAACGUCAGAUUCUGACUGCUGUUCCCGUGGGUUUAGAGUUUUGGCUCCCGGGAAAGGUUCCAUUCCUAGGGGAUAGAGGGCUGAGUUGUGUAUCCUUCCAUCCAUUCUGCAAGACGCUAAAGGCCCCUCAUGAACCUCUCCUGUGUCCGAGAACACCUCCAUGGUAAUCAUUUUUUCGUUUAUUUGUCUUUUGAAGCAGGAGCGCCUUGCCAGAAGUGGUCGAUUCAGCAGUGUCCUGAAGAUUUUUUGAUGCUGUUGUAGGAUGACACCACAUUGAGAACACUAACAAAACACAAGAAACAACAAUAUUUCUCUCUUUUUUUAAUAUAUAUAAAGCCGAUUUCCCGUUUGUUGCACUACUUCUCAAACGAAAGCAUCGCGGUCUAACUAGCUGUUGAAGUACAGUACUCUGAGUAAAUUGUUUAUGUCGUGCCAAAUCAGGACAGAUUGAAGAAGGAAGCAAGACUUGAACUGGGCUUUUCUCCUGCUGAUCGCAAGAGCAAAGUCAUCUCUUAUCUUCCAAUCGCCAAGGAAAAAAAAAAAGAGAAUCUGACAUUUCCUUAAUCCUAACCCCUUUGUAGGAGCUGGUUUUGCACGAAAUUUGUUUUAAUGUUUGGGAUUCAGGAAAAUAUACCAAGAGGUGGGACGACGAUGAAAGAGGAACCGCUGGGAAGUGGGAUGAAUCCAGUCCGAUCAUGGAUGCACACUGCUGGGGUAGUGGAUGCUAACACAGCCGCCCAAAGCGGUGUGGGUUUGGCUCGGGCACAUUAUGAAAAACAGCCGCCUUCCAACCUCAGAAAAUCAAAUUUUUUCCACUUCGUCCUGGCUCUCUAUGACAGACAAGGACAACCAGUGGAGAUUGAAAGGACAGCUUAUGUGGACUUUGUGGAGAAGGAUAAAGAGCCAAACAAUGAAAAAACUAACAAUGGAAUUCAUUACAAACUCCAGUUAUUAUACAGCAAUGGUGUUAGAACAGAACAGGAUCUUUUCGUACGACUAAUCGAUUCCAUGACAAAGCAGGCAAUUAUUUAUGAAGGUCAAGACAAAAAUCCUGAAAUGUGCCGAGUUCUUCUUACACAUGAAAUUAUGUGCAGCCGGUGUUGUGACAAGAAAAGUUGCGGCAACAGGAAUGAAACCCCCUCAGACCCUGUCAUCAUUGACAGAUUCUUUUUAAAGUUUUUCCUCAAGUGCAAUCAGAACUGCUUGAAGAAUGCAGGGAACCCACGAGAUAUGCGUAGAUUCCAGGUUGUUGUUUCAACAACAGUCAAUGUGGAUGGCCAUGUCCUGGCUGUCUCAGACAACAUGUUUGUACACAACAAUUCCAAACAUGGGAGAAGGGCCCGUCGCCUUGACCCUUCAGAAGGUACGGCUCCUUCUUAUCUGGAGAAUGCAGCUACCCCGUGCAUAAAAGCGAUCAGUCCGAGUGAAGGAUGGACCACUGGCGGUGCGACAGUCAUUAUAAUUGGAGAUAACUUCUUUGAUGGCUUGCAAGUUGUAUUCGGUACUAUGCUGGUGUGGAGUGAGCUGAUAACUCCUCACGCCAUCAGAGUUCAGACCCCACCACGGCACAUUCCUGGAGUGGUUGAAGUUACCCUCUCCUACAAAUCCAAGCAAUUCUGCAAAGGAGCUCCUGGACGAUUUGUGUACACCGCACUGAAUGAACCAACCAUAGACUAUGGGUUCCAGAGGUUGCAGAAGGUCAUUCCUAGGCAUCCAGGUGACCCAGAAAGGUUACCUAAGGAGGUAUUAUUGAAGAGAGCGGCUGACCUUGUUGAAGCUCUGUAUGGAAUGCCCCACAACAACCAGGAGAUUAUUCUAAAGCGGGCAGCUGAUAUUGCAGAAGCUCUGUACAGUGUACCACGCAAUCACAACCAGAUUCCAUCUCUUGCCAAUACUCCAUCACACACUGGAAUGAUGGGAGUGAAUUCAUUCAGCAGCCAGCUAGCAGUGAAUGUAUCAGAGACAGCACAGGCUGAGCAAGUAGGUUAUAGCCGCAACACAAGCAGCGUGUCCCCACGUGGCUAUGUCCCAAGCAGCACUCCUCAGCAGGCUAACUACAACACAGUAAGCAAUAGCAUGAAUGGCUAUGGCAACACAGGAAUGCCAAACUUAGGGGUGCCCAGCUCUCCUGGAUUCCUCAAUGGCUCGUCGGCCAACUCCCCCUACGGCAGUAAGUAUCGAGUAGUGCCAUCAAGCCCUACCAUGGCAGCCUCUUCGGUCACCCUCCCUUCAAACUGUAGCAGUACGCACGGCAUUUUCUCAUUCUCACCUGCCAAUGUCAUCUCUGCAGUGAAACAAAAGAGCGCCUUUGCCCCUGUUGUCAGGCCCCAAGCAUCUCCUCCUCCCUCUUGCACCAGUGCAAAUGGAAAUGGACUUCAAGUUUUACCGGGAUAUUACUAUUCAAAAUAGUUUGAGGUUUUGAAUAGAUACAAAACAAUGUCCGGGCUGGUCGUCCCACCAAUGUAAAUUGCACUUGUUCACCUUCAGCAGCAUCAAGCUUCCACACAGUGGGUUUUAAAGGACACGUUUAGUACAUAUAGAAGAUGCUGAUAGAAACAGUGUCAUCAAUCAUGACUAAAAUCAGCAGCUAAUUCUGUUAUUCAGAAGAAAAAAAAAGACUUUGUUUCAAAGAUUUUAUUCAAAUUAUUAAGAAUUGACAUGCAAGCGACGACUUCAUGAACAAUUCCAUUUUAUUGACUGAAUCUUUUCUCAUAUUUUCACAUUUCUCAGUCUUCAAGAAAAAAAAAGGAACAAACAAAAAGCAAAAACUACCCCCCCCCCCCCCCCCCCCCCAUUUUGUAUAAAAUUUCUGAUUUUGGCUAUGUGUUGGGACAAACUUUGUGGAUGCACCAUUUUAAUUUUCAUGAAAACACUGAUGUAAAAUGCACAGAACAUUUUUCACUUCUCUUAAAUCUCCUAAAUGUGAAUAUGGUUUGUGUGGAGAGAAAAGGGGGGCCAAUAUGGUAUGUGCCAUUGAACUGGAAAAAUAAAUAAGUAAAUAUAUGAUUUAGAAAAUACAAUGGGGACACAGGGAAGGGUUGGGGGACAUUUUAUCAUGCUUACUUCAUCUUAAAAAAAAAAAAAGAAACUUUGUAACUUAUUGUAGUUAGAAAUUGUAACUUUGAUAUUGCAAAAAUUAUUCUCUUGCCUUCAACAAGCACAUUGACAGAGAUACAAUGCUACUGUUUGUUGGUUAAAAAUAUACUUCCACUGCUAGAGCUUCCUGUUAAGCAAGUGUGAUCUGCAAUGUUUUUCAACUUUUUGCUAGCACUGUAUACUAUUGCAUUCUUAGGCUACUGUGAAGUCUGUUUCUUGUACCAGAAAGCUGUCCUUUGACUUCUAGAUCCUUCUUCCCUAAUGUGUUUUGUAUGUGGUUAUAAAAUUGUAGACUUUUGUGAUUUUGCCAAAGUUGUAGCUAAAUAUUUAUACACUUGUCUUGAAUUUUUUCAGAUCCACUUAAAUAUUUAGUACAGAGUUGUAUUCCUUAUGAUGUUUAUAAGGAGUAAAAUAGUCUUAUUCAUUGAAACACCUUCUUUCACAUAAACACCUGCGGUCACUAAGGGAAUUUUUGUAACAUAUCAAUUAUAAAUAUUGUAUUUAUCUUUGAAAUUUUGUAUAUUGAUUUCCAUCCUUUUAUUUGAUCUUGUAUGUAUUGUUUGUCAAGGCCUGAUAUUGUGAUGCUGUAAAGAGCAUUAAGCCAAGAACUGCUGCCUUCCUUCACGCUUCUUUUUCUAUUACUAGAUUGCAAUGUCUAUACAUUUCAUUUGUAUUUCAGAUUUUUUAUUACUUUUGUUGAGACUUUCCGUCCAUUUUUUUUUAAUUUUUUUUAUUUUGAGGAAAAGUCAAAUUCAUUGUUUAUUUUUAUAUUAAUUUUUAAGUUAUCUAAAUGAAUAAUUUUUGGAAUAAAAACUGUUUGUUGUAUAGUCAAAUAAAUUGUUUGUGACACAUGGUUGUAAUGAAUACUAGUAGAAAAAUGUGCAUGUAACACAGCCACAGAGAGGUGAUUCAAUUUGUGGUUGUAAGAUUUUUUUAAUUAUUAUUAUUAUUUUUUUUUUUAGAAUGUAAAAAGUCAUUUUGAAUUAUCACCCAUGACUUUGCCACAUAGCUGAACUGUGUUUACAUGGAACAAAAAUACAGACUCCUAAAUCUGGAAUGGAACAUACAUUAAUCACUGAUGUUUUAUUAAAAUUUGUCAGAAAAAAAAAAAAAAAAAACUCUUAUGCCGCCUUAACAGUGGACUUCUUGAGAGUAGAUUUUGUGCUGUUUUAAUAAUGGACUUACCCAACAAUAGCCAACCAUCACUCCAUAACGAUGAUCAAUGGUAUAAAAAAAAAGUACAAACAUUUUUAGAAAUGUGAACUAAAAUCACGCCCCCUCCCCCCUCCCCUUUUGCCUCUAUUUUGCUGUAUUCUGCAAAUCAGUAUGGAAGCCUAUGAAGUGUUAAAGAAAACAGAUUUUAUAUUGUAUCAUAGAUCAAGAUCAAGUAUAAAUGUUAUACAUUGUACAUGACAUUUUUUUACUAUUCCCAAAAGAAGUACUGUAGCAGUCUGUAGCAGUAGUCUUUUUUUUAUCUUACUUUCCUGACGGUGCCAAAUUAACAGAUUGAGGCAUGUUUUUUGUUAUGUUGUUUUUUUUGUUUGCUUUUUUCAUUGCACUGACACUUUGCAAAUAGUUUUAAUGUUUUGCAGACUACAGCAUCAAGGUUCAAACCAAAAAGGGGUGAAUCUUCUUGGCAAAACUGCACACUUUAGUUACUUUUUAUUUUUCCAUAUAUGGAAACGAGAGUAUCAAAUAAACGAUGAAUGUGCAACUCAUUUGCUUUGUGAUAGCUCAACAAGGCUUAGCUACGUGGAAAAGCCUAAGAAGUCACCUUGAAAGUAAGAAGACAGCCUCAAGGUCAUGGAAAGAAAGUUUGCAAGUUUCAUCAUUAUCUGGUUUGUGUAUUAGCUGAAUUAGUCCAUGCACUCAUUGCUUCGUUGCCUUCAAUCUCAACGCUUCACUAAAUGGUAGACUUUACUGUUAGGGAACCUACAAGAUUGUUUUAACUGUACAUUUUUUUCAGAUAUUUAACUGUAUAAAAAUGUUCAUUUUACAC